UUGCAGAAAGGAGUUGGAGAUAAGGCCGUAAAUCAACUAGAGAGAUCAGUUAAUUCAAAACUUGAAGCUACAGAGGUUAGGCAAAUCCAAGCGCAAUUCCAAACUUCUGGCAGACAAGCUCUCCAGGUAACUGGCUUUCUGAUAAUUAAAGAGUGGAGGAUGCAUUAAAAUCAAGCUUUGAAGCUUCAGUUAUUCCCGCGUUUGAAGCAUCUUGCAAAGCCAUGUUUGAACAAGUUGAUGCCACAUUUCAGAAAGGUCUUGUAAAACAUGCAAAUGCUGCUCAGCAGCAUUUUGAGUCCAUGCAUUCACCAUUGGCUGUUGCUUUGAGGAAACCUUAAGAAAGGAAAAUGGAGAGGGAAAACAGGAAGAGAGGAAGAGAAGGAGAUGAGAAACAAGACGCGGCGAAAAGUGCAAAAAAGGUAGAUCUCAGUUACAUUGAUGAUGAGUACUUGGACUAUGACAACAAAGAGAACAACAUGAGCUAUUACGACGAUCCUUGUGUGUCCGGUAAUGGAGGAGUGUUCGAUUUUCCAUGGCUGAAGGAUGGUAUGAUGAUCUUCAAAACAGAGGACUGCUCGGAAUUAGAGAGCACCAUUGCGUCGUACUCCAUAAACCCUGAUGAUGAAACGUACAACACCAUCUUGUAUCAGUCUCCUCUGAAUUUUCAUGAAGAUCAUGACAAGUUUGAUGUGGACCUCUCGUCGGUGUUCCAAGUUGAUGAGCUCGAUAAUGUCGAUUGCAUUUGGAGCUCGGUGAUUGAUGAGCCUCUUCUCACUGGCUUCAACAAGAUUUAAAGAUCAAUCAAUGACUAAUGUGCAAUCUAAUCCCAUGGAAUAUUAUCAACAAAGUCUCUCUCUCUCACACACACACACAUACACACAGUGGAGGUCAAGAAUAGAGGUUUUUUUUUUUUUUUUUUUUUUUUUAGUUCUUUGUUGAGGCUUUUGAUUUUGUUUUGUUUUCUUUUCCUUUGACCUGACUAUUUUUCUGGCUUAAAGGCAAAAUAUACUCGCUGAAUUACAGCUGAUUUGAAAGGAGGAUGGUGGUUUAAAUGACACAUCCUUCAUCAAAGUUUAGCUAUUUUUAUUCAAUAGUUGUACUCCCCAAUUUUGUUAAUGAAGAAAUUUCGUACAAGUAUCUGAAUUUUCUAAAUACACAUAUAUAUUGCAAUGAUGCCUUAUAUUCAUUGUAGUACUUGGGUUCCUUCCACAUUAAAUAUGGUUUCUGGAUAGCAGCAAAAGCAAGUCAAUUUUUUAUUUUAUUUUAUUUUUUUUAUUUAUUUAUUUUCUCUCUCUCUCUCUGGAAAGUUAAGCAAAGGCGUACACAUUGUUCCUAUCAUGCUCAAACACUCAACCUCUCCAUCAUACCAUCUUUGGAAUAAUUCAAAUUUAUUUAUUUUUUGUUUUUGGCAAGAAAUUGUCGCACUCAUUUGAUCCUAUAAGAAUUUGAAUCAUCACCAUUCAUUUUAAGAAAUAAAAAAAGUAUCAUUAAGUUACAAGACCCUUGGUAAUUCACAUUAGUUAAAAGUAACUUAUUUUAAUAAACCAUUUGUCUGAAAAUUUAUCUACGGCAAAUUUGAUCAUUGAAUCCCAUCCCUCAUUCGGCAAGAGAAAUCCUUGGGUCACCACCAUUGUCGGGAAAAAAAAAAAAAAAAACACAUAUAAAAAAAAAAUUAGUUAAUGUUUGAUGGACUGAAAUCCUCUCCUGUUUCAAACAGGAGAUCUGUUUCGGCCGGUUCGUAUUGUAGCGGCUAUAAAAAAUAGAAAAACAGUGUUCUGGUAAAAAUAGAUAUUCUGAAAAUAUACGAUAUU